UCAGAUAUCCAUUUCGAUAAUCACAUCGAUCUAGACUUGUAUCAAAAUGAAGGUUUUCAUCGCAAUCAUCGCCCUGACCCUUGCAGUGGCUUCUCAAGCAUCGUACAUUCCGGAAACGGCUUCCUAUUCAACCUGGCCGGUUAGUACCUCGGUGUGGCCACCGAAUGGUCUCUACGGAAAAGGACUUAACAAUGGCUGGGGAUACGCUGACGCUGGCAACUGGAACUCCUACCCCAGCAUCAAUUCGUGGUCGUCUGCUUGGUCGCCGUACGGAUAUAAUAAUGGCCUCUAUGGACGUAAGACUGUUGUGGAACCGAACGUGGCCAAGUCAGCGUAUCCAUGGGGACUGCCAUGGGGAACCUAUGGCAAUGCUGGAGUGUAUGGCUGGGGACACCAUGGAAGCUAUGUGUCUUCGGUUCCAGUGAUUAAGCAGAUUGCUGCUUCAGCUGGUCCGGUUUACGUAGCACCAUCGGUUUCGUACGCUGGACAGAAAGUGAUCGUUGCUUAAACAGACUACAACCUAACAAGCAGAAUAAAUACUUUUCAUUCCUUGAUCUGA